AGCAGCGCAUGCGCCUCGCAGGAAUCCACGGGCGUCGAGCCUCACACCGCAGCGAUUGCAGAUUUUACGUGUCAUUUGUGAAGGAGAGCGACUGGCUGGGGGUCCGGAGCGCAUGAAACGGGAACGGAGGAGGAAGCUAUUUGACUCCGGCUCACUUCUGUGAUUCCCAAGUUGAGUUGAAGCAGCCCGGGCUGCAGAUGCAACCUGCCACUAAUCCCCUCUCCUUCAUUGCAGUGUUUCCUCUGGAGGCUCCACAGGCAGAGGGGACUACAAUGACAACCUGGUGAAUGUUGCUGGAUGGAGUGAAAAGCAGCAUCCAGGCCGCCGCAGGAUGCGCAUCCCCAAACCGACAAGGAAGAAGAAAGCAGAGCAACCUGGCUGCUUCCCUGCAGGCGCACGUCAGAGAUUUUCCUCGGUGCCGUGGAUUGAUCGCUUCCUUCCUGAUCAUCCCCCUGUAUAAUGGAGAGCUCCAAUGGCUCCGACUCCAAACCGCAGAGCCAACAGUUGGAGAAGAAGAGGCUGAACCGAGCGCCUUCCCCGGCGAGACCUUUCCUCAAGGAUGUGCACUCCCGCUCCAACAAGCCACCUGCCGUCGUCCCCAAAUCCCCGAAACUCGUCAAGCAGCAGCAGCAGCAGUCUGCCACGGCGUCCUUAGCCCAUCCGAACCGAACCUCCAGGCGCAACACAACCGGGGCCAAAGAGAAACCAGCCACGCCAAAAAGUAGCAUCAAGUCCCCCGCCGCGAAAAAACCCACGAAGACGCCGCAGCAUGCAGUGGCAGCAGCCAGCAGCACCAAGCCGGACAGCACCAGCAGUCCGAUUCGCACCAAAGGCAAGAAGGGCAAACUAGCCGCGGGAUCCCCGGGGCCUCUCAGCCAUGGGUCCCCGAUCAGGGUUCCGACCGGCGCGCAGCUCAGCCGGGUCAGCCAGACGGACAGCAGCUCGGACCUGUCGGACUGCCCGUCCGAGCCGCUGUCAGACGAACACAAGCAGGCGCCAGCCGCCAGCGACGCCGAGUCCGGCACCGGCUCCAGCGAACUGGAUCAGCCGGUGGGCGAUAAUUCCGCUGCUCCGGCGCCCACCGGCGCGUCUCCGGCUCAGUCCGCUCCGGGGCCGCAGGGAGAGAGACAGAACCCGGAGAAACCGUACACCAGCGCACAAUUCAAACCGGCAGGAACCAGCAGGGCUGCAGCCGAGGACGACCUGCUGCGGGAGAUAGACGAGCUGAGAUCUGAAAACGACUACCUCAAGGAUGAAGUGGAGGAGCUGCGAGCGGAGAUGGAGGAGGUUCGGGACAGCUACCUGGAGGAGGAGGUCUACCAGGUGCAGGAGCUGCGGCGGGAACUGGACCGGGCCAACAAGAACUGCCGCAUCCUGCAGUACCGGCUGAGGAAAGCGGAGCAGAAGAGCCUGCGUGUUGCUCAGACGGGCCAUGUGGACGGAGAGCUGCUGCGCAGUCUGGAGCAGGACCUCAAGGUUGCUAAGGACGUGUCGGUGCGUCUGCACAACGAGCUGGAGAGCACGGAGGACAAGCGCAGCCGAGCGGAGGACGAGAACGAGACGCUCAGGCAGAAGAUCAUCGAGGUGGAGAUCUCCAAGCAGGCGCUGCACAACGAGCUGGACAGGAUCAAAGAGACUGCACUGAGGCGACGCGGAAGCAGGGAAGCUUUCAAGGACAAGAAAUCCUCGAGUCAGGAGGAUAGUGCAGACCUUCGGUGCCAGCUCCAGUUCGCCAAAGAGGAGUCCGGCCUCAUGAGGAAGAAGAUGGCAAAGCUGGGUCGCGAGAAGGAUGAACUUGAACAGGAGUUGCAGAAGUACAAAUCAGUUUACGGCGACAUUGACAGUCCCCUUCCCCUGACAGAGUGCACAGGUGGCGGCCCUCAUACGACUCGAGAGGCCGAGCUCCGACUGCGCCUGAAGCUGGUGGAGGAGGAAGCCAACAUCCUGGGGAGGAAGAUUGUGGAGCUGGAGGUGGAAAACCGCAGCCUGCGAGCGGAGAACGAAGACAUUCGCAGUCAGUACGAAAGAGAUUGCUUUGGGAGGGAACCCUUCGCCAGCAUGCCCUCGUCUCCUUACGGCGGAGACCCGUUGGAGUCCGCGGGUGAGCUGCGGCGACAUCUCCAGUUUGUUGAAGAGGAAGCAGAACUUCUGCGCCGAUCCAUCUCCGAGAUUGAGGACCACAACAGGCAGCUGACGUCUGAACUCAAUCGCUUCAAGUUUGGCCCCAGCAGCACCUCCGGCGCUGACGAAGGCAGUGAGGUGGGAUUGUUUAAAUCUGGGAACGGGGGCGGCGGUAUGAUGAUGGAGGAGCUUAAAUCGGCGCGGAUGCAGAUCAACGAGCUGAGCGGGAAGGUGAUGAAGCUCCAGUACGAGAACCGAGUCCUCAUAUCCAACGUCCAGCGCUGCGACCUGGCUGCGCACCUUGGCCUUCGCACCGGGAGCCCUCGAGACAGCGACGCGGAGAGUGACGCCGGCCGCCGAGAGGCAGCAGAAGAGGAGGAAAUGGGCCGACUUCUUCUCCUACAGCCAAAACGGGAGGGUCCAGUUGGCGGAGAGAGUGACUCCGAAGACCUGUUUGAGAAAACGGGAACCACCUCAGGGUUGGGAAGCAUCAAACCCUUGGAUAGCAGCGACCUGAGUGCCGUUGAGCUCGCCAAUCGCAGAAGGGAGGAGCGGGAGUCGUUCGCCAACGUGAAAAGAGAGGCCGACCGGCUGGGGAAGACCGUCGAUCGUCUGAUCACUGACACAGACAGUCUGAUCUUCGAAGGCAGGCUGCUGAUGACCACAGGGGAGAGCCUGGAAGGCGGAUCCAAACCAGAUACUCAAGUUCUGGACACCAUCAACACUCGCAUGAAGGCUUUCCGUACAGAACUGCACAUUUUCAUGGAGAAGCUGGACCAUGUAGGAGACGGGCUGAGAGAGAGGACCGACGAUCUGUCUCCAAUGCCGAACCUCACAGAGUCCAGCAGCUUCCUGUCUACGGUUACGUCCAUGUCCCGCGACUCUCCCAUCGGCACCUUCGGAAGAGACCUGGUCACGGACUUCCAGUCCGUUCAGAGGGAUGAGCUGGAGUGGCGUCUAGGACAGGAGCGAGGCGUGGAGCCCCAGAGCCAGGUUGGGGGCCCGGCCCAGAGCAGGGGAGCCACGGGACUCCCCAUGUACCACAGACCCCUGGCUUUAAGAAUAGAGCACCGAGACACGGCGGCUGCUGAGGUUCAGUUUCGUCUGGAUCACGAACGACGGAUGAGAGCAGUGACAGAGGAGCUGGAGCCUGGCAGCAACCUGCCUCAGGAGGAGCAGCGUGAAGGCCUGGAGCUUCAGGGCCUCCAGAGCCACGAGGCGCCCUGGGCUCAGGAGCGAGCGCUGCUGCAGCAGGAGGUGCGCCUGUUCAGACGCAACACCAUCAUCUUCUACAUGAAGCUCAGGGGAAUCCUGCUGCACUGGAGGCUUGGCUGCAAGGGCGACCCUGGAGACGAGACCGCCGCUCCCGACUUGGAGAAGCUGGAGGGUUUCCCAGAGAUGGGAGUGACGGUGGAGUUGGCGGAGGGGGAGGCAGAACGAGACGACAGGCCGUGUUUAGCACAAACGCCGGAGGACGUCCCUGAAACUGGACCCGCCGUCUCUCUGCUGUCCCCUGACCAGCACCUGCAGCACCAGAGACAGUUUGGUGAGAACAGGCGAGUGCUGCAGGCCCUGCGAUCGCUCCUGGAGGAGUUUCGAGACGAGCUGAGGGAGGAGCAGAUGAGGCGGUGCCAACUGCAGCAGGCGUACGCCAACGACAAGGCCGCCUGGGAGGUCAAGUGGACGGAGAUGAAGUGCCAGGCCGCCCAGCUGGAGGAGGAGGCAGGUGAAAAGGUGCGAGGUGAAGCUCAGGGAGGCGAAGAGGAGCCGCCUGGAGGAGAGGCGGAGUGGGCCCUGACCCAGGAGCGUGAGGAGCACCGGCGCCUGCUGGCCCAGAGCCACAGCGAGUUUCUGGACCUGCGCUGGAGGCUGCAGCACGGAGAGAAGAGGUGGAGCCGCGAGAGGGCGGAGCUCCAGGAGCGCUACGACCGGGAGCGCCAGGAGUGGGACGGCAGCAUGAGGGAACUCCGCCGGAAGAUGGACCGGAUGCAAAGGGAACUGAACAGCAGGCGAGGCGAAGGCCCCGACAUCAGAGAUGGCAGCUUAGCCCACAGAGGAGUGUUUUCACCUCAGGAAAGCCCGUGCAGCGUCCCGCGCUCCCCUCACGCUCCUCCGUCCCCCUGUUCGUCCACUCCAGUGCCUGCGCCCCCCACGCGCUCCCACUCAGACUCGGAGGCGUUUCUGGGAGAGAAGGGGGCCGCCGUGAGGCUGAAGGGCCCGACGGAGAACCUGUUCCUGGAUGCGCUGUCUCUGGACCCCCUCAGUGGCCUGGAGGUCCCGCCGCCCUGCCGACUGGAGAGCGAGAAGAGGUUCCCCUGCAUGAACGAGGCUCUGAAUGAGAUUUCAGAGGGUGACGGCGCUCCUGGAUACCCAGAAGAGGAGAUGAGGGAAGGUGGAAGUCUCCUCAGAGCCAAGUCUGUUUGCUCCAUGAGCGACUUCCAGCGGCUGAUGGACAGCUCGCCAUUCCUCCCCGACAAGUCACGCCCCGGCGGCCCCGACCGAGACGACGUCACGCCGCCGCUCUCUCCGGACGACCUCAAGUACAUCGAGGAGUUCAGCAACAAGGGCUGGGGCUUCCCCGGCCCACGGUCGGUUCUGGAGGGGGAGGCCGGGUCCGACCCGUUUCCGCCAGCCUCCUGGUUCCUGACCACCAGUGCCACCCUGACCACCAGCACCCUGAGCAGCCCCGAGCACUGCCACAAGUCCCCGCUCAGGGGCCCCGGGGCCGGGGUCGGAGUGGAGCACUAUGGGGUUCCCAUCCUCCACAGUCCGACCAGAGCGGGGGCGGCGGACCGAACCGCGACCCAGGACCCGGAUCUGCUUUAUUCCAAAGCACUAAAGGGUAGCAAACCGCGGCUGGGCGGAGAGGCCGGGGGAUCAGACGAGGUGUUCAGCGAUCCGCGGUGGCCGUGUCUCCUGGAGGGCGGCGGACUCCGGACGUCUCCCAGUCCGUCCCCCAUCUGCUCCACUGUGGGUUUCGCCUCCUCUCUGGAGCUGCAGCUUGAGAAAAACCUGAGCGACGACAUGAAGGAGGUGGCCAUCUCCGUCCGCAAUGCCAUCCGAUCCCCGCCGGGGCUUGCGGUGCGCGACACCGCCUGCCAGACCAACGGUUUCACCACGCGAGGAACCCAGACGACCCAGACCAUCAGCGUCGGCCUGCAGACGGACCUGCUGCGGAACCUGACCAGCAGCCCCCACCGCUGCCUCACCCCGAAAGGUGGCAGCACGCCUAUCUCGUCUCCGUCGCGCGGCACGAGGAAGGUGCAGUACUCGCCGGUGGUGCAAAGCAAGUUCGAGCGACCGUGCUGCUCGCCCAAAUACGGCUCCCCAAAGUUGCAGCGCAAGCCAUCCACGUCCGGGAAGAACGAGCCGCCAAACAACAGCCGUGCCGCCACCCCCACCGCCAUGCCCUCCACCCCCCAGAAGGGCAACAGUGAGUCGGCGUGGGCGCGCUCCACCACCACCCGGGACAGCCCCGUCCACACCACCAUCAACGAUGGCCUCUCCAGCCUCUUCAACAUCAUUGACCACACGCCGGUCGUCUUCGAGAAGUUCAACAAAUCCCCAAGCCGCUCCCGGCCGACGCCGCCCGCCACCGCAGAGCCCAGCCCGGCUCAUGGCGGCGCCAUCAGGGGACGGUCACCCAGCCCGGUGCAGCUGAUUGUGGAGACGCAGGGCGACAGGAACCCAGAGGUGGUCAGCAUCCGGCAGGACCUGUCCGCGCCACCGGGAUACACGCUGGCUGAAAACGCGGCGCGUAUCCUGAACAAGAAGCUGCAGGAGCAGAGCUUCAGGGAGGAGCGGCGGCCGCAGGCGGGCGGGCAGGGCGGCCACGGCAGGGAUGCCGUCCGGACGGCGGAGACGGACAGAGGACAGUCUGGAUGUAUGGAGGACCUGCCUCGGUCGCCGGUGGCGCCGCCUUUGGACUCCUGCUUCCUGCGGCCGGCCCGCCCGGCGAACCGCCGACCCCCGUCACGCUGGGCCGCGCGCUCCCCCUCCUCUUCACCCAAGUGGAGCGAGGGGACGAAGAGGAGGUUCACCUUCCCGCCGAUGGGACACAGGAAGCCCAUCCUGGAGGGAGAGGAACCGGCGUGACUUAUCCCUCCCCCCUCUUCCUUCGUUUAAGCCGACCCAGUACCUCAGAAUCGUCCCCCCAGAACGAGAGACCCAUAAAGACAUGGCGCCUGAACCGGGGGAGGAUCUAAUACGUAGCACCAGCGGAUCACUAAAGGAACCAGGACUUUUUGGAAGAAUCUGGAAUGUACUGUAAUAUCAUGGCAUCACAGCGUUCAGUAAAUCCAUUUCCAUCAGAGGUGCCUGUCCAGGUGCGUCUUAAUGAAUCAGAAUAUCACAGAAAAAAUUAAAUUCCUGCAGGAUUUCAGUUCAAAAUAAUCGAUAUUGACAGAGUGAAAUAUUAAUGUGUUUGCUUGUACUGAAAUGUGAAUUUCCUCUGGGAUUAAUAAAAUAAACUCGAUUCAGUUCAGUUGUGGCUUACAGAUAAUAAAAACCCUUAAUUCAGUUUUUGGGAAAUUUGAAAGUCCCAUAAAAAAGGAUUUUUAAUAUGGAUUCAUAGAUAUUAAAGGCCGAUAUUGAUAUUAAUAUUGCUGCUAUAACCAAUAUUUACCAAUAUUAUAUAUAUUUUACUUCCUAUUUGACACAUUUGGAAAAAAAAAUUGGUUGUUCAUAUCUGCCCAGUUUUAUUCAUCAGUCUGAUACUGAUGUGUUUAAAAGUGACUAUCGGCCGAUACCGAUGUUAGUGCCGAUAUCCAACAGCAGUCAGUGUAACAACUUAUCUAAUGAAACCUCUGACUGAAGACUGUUGCUGUAUGAAAGUGUCAUGACAUGCUAACAGCUCAAUAUCCGAUAUUCCAGAGUAACAUGUCCUGAAUGACAUCAUCAGUUGCUAGCAAGCACUACUGAUCCACCUCCUUUGCUUUUGCUGCUCCUUUUUUUUUUAUUUCUGUGGUUAGAAAGCCCCGCAGAGAGACGUUGGAGUAGGGGAUGUGAUCCUUUCUCUUAAUAAUCCAUGGAGGAGAUGGAUUUCACUUUCUCCUUCUGUUAUUUGAGGUAGUGAUAUGCUAAUUAGCGGCUCCCUACUUUAAAAACAAACCGUGUUGCCAAGGUUACAUGUAACCAAAAAUCACUCCAGCUGUACUCCAUCAAAAACUAAAGGAAAUAAUUGUCCAAACAUCUUUUUUUUUUUUUUUUUACCUCCACCACCUUUUGUGUUCCUAUACGUAUUUACAGUCACACUUGUAGUUUUUCUGUAAACUCUUGUAGCCAAACAUUUUGUUGACAAAUUCACUAUUGUGUCUUUGUGCAAAGGCAAUAAAGUAAGUCUAAAUAUAUUUUUUAAAAAGUAUGAAAAAAAGUUUACAGAAUGCAGACUAACAAAAUAUCUUUGCCUCCAUUAGCGGCCAAAUUCUAGAAUUCAGUUUUUCCUUCCACUCAACUUUAACUUAGAGGACAUUGCUGUGAACAGUAACCUUCUUUAGCAAUGACCUUUUCUUUGUUAAUCCUGUUUUUCAUUGAUUUUAUGUAAUUCUCUGAAUUUCCCAAAAAAAUUAAGUUAAUUUCUUUGUUAGCUAAAAGCCAUAAUGAUCAAAAUUAAUAUAAAUAAAUGCUUGAAAUAUUCUCUGUUUUAGUAAAUCUGUGUAAGUUAAACAUUUUGAGCUGAAUCGCUGAAACAAAUGAGCUUUUUGGUGAUAUUCUAAUUAAUUGAUACGCACUUGUAUGUUUAAGUUACUCAUUAUCCCUCAUAUUUAAAUGUAUUUAAAUGUAUUUGCUGCAGUUUUUAACCUUUUUUCAGGAAAAAACUAGCUGAACAUUGCACUGUUCUUUUCUGUUACCAAUUUAUUUUUUUACACCAUUCAUGCAUCUGAACGUGAUUUUUUUACUUUGCCUGUCUCUCGAGUUCACUUUUCUCUUUCAACACAAGAAAACAAAACAAAUUUUGCUUUAUUCUUCCGGCCUGAAGGGGAAACCCAUGAUGUCAUUUCUGAUGCUACCGUCCUUAUUUAUUUCUACGUUAAGAUGAAUGUUUGUCUCUGUUGACUUGAUGAACCUGAAGAAACUUAUGCAUAUUUGGAAGGCAGAAUAAAACCAGUUUGCAUGCCUUUUGAACACUAGCACUUUAGUGCAUGUACAUCCGAGCUCUAGUCUUUUGUGGUCACUCUGCUCGGCCGUGAGGAAAAACUCAUCGCAAAGGGAAUCUCGAGCUGAUUUUGUUGUCACAUAAAAUACCAGUUUUUAAGUAAAUUAUUGUACCUUCUAGGCUGUCUUUGUUACUGUUGGAUAUGGAUUUUUUUUUUCUUUUGACAAGAAAAAUGGAUUGUGAAAACAAAAAUAUGAAUGUUUUAAAUGGAACGUCUGUGUCAAAAAAAAUGUCUAACAAGCUAUAGUCUUAUGAAAAUAUUAAAUGGUAAUAAACAUGAAUGUGUAUUUACAA